CCCACUCCCACUCCCACACUCCCUCUCUCCAACAUGGCCAAAGCUAAUCUCCUCCCCGUCCUCCUCCUCCUCCUCAGCCUCUCCGCCGCCGUCUCCGUCUCCGCCCACAACAUCACCGACAUUCUCGCCGCCGACCCCGACUACAGCCAGUUCAACGACUUCCUCUCGCAGACCGGCCUCGCCGACGAAAUCAACACGCGCCAGACCAUCACCGUCCUCGUCCUCAACAACGCCGCGUUCUCCGCCGCCGCCGGCAGCCACCCCCUCUCCGUCGUAAAAAACCUCCUCAGCCUCCACAUCCUGCUCGACUACUUCGACAACACCAAACUCCACCAGAUCACCAACGGAACCACGCUCUCCACCACGCUCUACCAAACCACCGGCACCGCGCACGGCAACGUCGGAUCCGUCAACAUCACCGACCUCAAAGGCGGCAAGGUCGGCUUCGGCUCCGCCGCUCCCGGCUCCAAACUCGACUCCACCUACACCAAAUCCGUGAAGCAAAUCCCCUACAACAUCUCCGUCAUCGAAAUCAGCGCGCCGAUCAUCGCGCCGGGGAUCCUCACGGCGCCGCCGCCCUCCGCCGACGUUAACAUUACCGCUCUCAUCGAGAAAGCGGGAUGCAAAACGUUCGCUAACCUAAUCGCCUCUAACGGACUCGUUAAAACGUUUCAGUCAACGGCUGAUAAAGGUUUGACUAUUUUCGCGCCGAAUGAUGAAGCGUUCAAGGCCAAAGGCGUACCUGAUUUGAAAAAGCUCACCAACGCUGAGGUAGUCUCGCUCCUACAGUAUCACGCCGCCGCCAAGUACCUUCCUAUCGGAUCCUUGAAAACGACCAAAGGCUCCGUAGCUACCUUGGCCUCCAACGGCGCCGGAAAGUUCGACUUCACCGUCUCCGUCGCCGGAGAUUCCGUCACGCUCCACACUGGCGUAGAUUCCUCCAGGAUUGCGGAUACCGUGCUCGAUUCGACUCCGCUUUCGAUUUACUCUGUCGACAGCGUUCUCCUUCCGUCGGAACUGUUCGCGAAGUCGCCGUCGCCUGCUCCCGCGCCGGAGCCUGCUUCCGCGCCGUCUCCUUCUCCGAGGCUGGCUCCGUCGCCUUCGCCGCUUCCCGCGUCGCCUCCGGCUCCUGCGGGAGAGGCGCCGGGUGGUGCACCGGCGGAUGCGCCGUCGGCGGCGGCGGAGCGGAGCACUUCCGGCAAGUCUGACGGUGUUCACGUGAAAGCUUCUGCGGUGUUCACUGUUACAGUGACUGCUUUGUCUGCUUUUGUGAUUUCCGCUGUCUUGUCUUGAUUUGUCGUAAUUUAAUUUUAUAUUUUAAUUGUUUGAGUUUUUUUUUUUUUUUUUUAAAUUUCCCGGGAUGUGAUUGGACUGGGGAAUGUGGGUUUAUUUAUUUUUUGUGUUAUAAAUUAAUUUAGGCAUGUGGUGAUGUACGGGAUAGUUGUGUAUUUUAUUUUAGCUUUUAUUUAUUUAAUUUGAUUUUGGGGUUAUGGAA